CAGUGGGCACGGUGAUUCUGUCUCUAUAUAGACACCCACGGCUUUGAGUCUUGUCGGAUCGACCAGCGCGCCAUCACUCCCAGGCUCGGCUCUUGACCCCUUCUCCAUAAUGGCCGUCCACAAAAACACUCCGCGGCAGUCCCUCACGGUCGUCGACAACCGCACCGGAAAGUCCUACGAGCUGCCCAUCACGCACAACUCCGUCCUGGCCACCGACAUCAAGAAGAUAAAAGCUGAGCCCUCGCCCACGGACACUGCCGAAGAUGAGACCAAACAGGGCCUCCGCGUGUACGACCCCGCCUACAUGAACACGGCGGUCGUCCAGAGCAAAAUUACGUACAUUAAUGGUUUGGAGGGGAUCCUGAGAUACCGUGGGUACCCUAUCGAACAGCUGGUUCAGAAGAGCAAUUUUCUGGAGACGGCGUAUUUGCUUAUCUACGGGGAGUUGCCUACGGAGCCGCAGUACGCAGAUUGGCAGAGCGAAGUCGGCCAGCACACAUUCGUGCACACAGACAUCGAGGGCCUGCUGAAGAGCUUCCGCUAUGAUUCCCACCCCAUGAGCAUGCUGACCGCGGGCUUUGCCGCCUUGGGUGCCUUCGCUCCAGAAGCCAACCCCUCGCUCCGCGGGCAGAAGCUAUACACAGCUGCUGCGAGCGGCGACAUGGAGAGCCUCAAGGUCCUCGACAAGCAGAUCCUGCGGAUUCUCGGAAAAGCGCCCACCCUCGCCGCAGCCUCGUACCGCAUGCGCCAGGGCCGCCCGUUCAAUCGCCCCGCCCAGGGACUCUCCUACACGGGCAACUUUCUCCACCUGCUGGACACGCUGAGCGACGCCGGGAAGCCGUACACGCCGCACCCCGUCCUCGAGAAAGCCCUCGACGCCCUCUUCAUCAUCCACGCCGACCACGAAGUAAACUGCUCCACGGCCACGGUUCUGCAAGUCGGCUCCUCGCUGGUCGACCCCUACUCCGUCGUCGCGGCCGGGUGCGCAGCGCUCUACGGCCCCUCCCACGGCGGCGCCUCGGAGAGCGCAAUCCGCAUGCUCAUGGAGAUCGGCUCCCCGGAAAACGUCCCCGCCUUCAUGAAAGACGUCGAGGCCCGCAAGCGCGUGCUCGUCGGAUUCGGGCACCGCGUGUACAAGAACGUGGACCCCCGCUCCACCGCGAUCCGGCAGCUGGCCGAGGACGUGUUCAAAGUCACCGGCCGCAACAAGCUGCUCGACACGGCGCUGGAGCUCGCGCGGUACGCGCGCGAGAGCGACUUCAUGCGUUCCCGGAACUUGUAUCCCAACGUCGACUUCUACUCCGGCCUGAUCUACCAGGCGAUGGGCUUCCCGCUCGACUUUUACCCCGUGCUGUUUGCCGUGCCGCGGUGUGUGGGGUGGCUCGCGCAUUGGCGGCAGCAGAUGCUUACGCCGUCGGGUGUCAAGAUCUGGCGGCCGCGACAGCUGUAUGUGGGGUCUGGAGAGAGGGAGUAUGUUGAGGCGAGGGAGAGAGAGAGGAAGGAGGGCGCCACGGUGUUUGAUGCUCCGGUGCAGGUUCACCAUGGGGGAGAUAGCAAGAGGAAUUUGCUUGCGGUUGGGAGGGUAAGAGCGAGGUUGUAGAGGGUGGAACUGUGUGGUUGUGUUGUGUUGAUAUUUGACGUGAGAGCUUUUUGAGUGGCGUGAUGAGUGCGUUUGUAGGUUUUGU